AUGGUGGGGACACGCAAGGACAAACGCUACGCACUGCAGUUGAUCAACCCAGCGUCGAAUAUCAAAGUCACGGGUCUCAAAGCCCGAACAGACGUUUACCGAAUCACGGGUUUAAUGCCUGAUAUCCCUGUGGAUUUCCACACAAUGAUCGCCCGAUUCUCCACGUUGACUAAACCUAUUGAGGACUCAACACUAGUGAUUGAUCGUGUUGCACACCACAUAGUCACCAAGGGUCAACCAGUCACGACACGAUCUCCCCGACUAGCACCGGACAAAUUAGCUUUUGCUAAGAAUCCCAAGCCUUUGACAGGUCCAAGCCAACCGUAUCUGGAACGAAAGAGUCAUACUGAACAGUCUGGAGAAAUGCCCAGCUGA